AUGCCUGUGGUGGACACUGAGAGUCCACUCGACCUCAAGAUUGAACCGAGCUACACACCGACAGACGACAUUAGUGUUGCUUCCCCAUCGCUGAACCCGGAUGAUGACAAGUCACAGAGUCAGUCAGGCGAGCCAUUCAUGUUCUGUACGUAUUGUGCCGAACAGAAGAGCCAGAAGACGUUCAAAGCAAAGUCUGACUGGAAGAAACAUGAGAUGAGGAUGCACGAGACUGGAGAAGACUGGCCUUGUGUCGUCAACGGUUGCAACCGCAUUUUCGACCGACAGAAAGAUUUCAUCAAGCAUCAUCAACGCUACCAUGCCGGUCGACCCCUGCCGUCACUGACAGACAUUGGCAUCACGUUGUUGCCGCGAAGAGUGUUUGGUUGCGGGUUCGACAAGUGUAAAGAAGUCAGCAUCGGUUGGGAUGAGCGAUGCGACCACGUCGCGAAGCACAUGAAGAAUGGCGCGACGAUGGACCAGUGGAAAUACUCUAAUGUGAUCAGGAACUUAAUACGACAGGAAGCUCUCCACGACACAUGGAAAGAGCUUAUCGGUUGCCUGGACGAGAGAUUGCGAGAGAGUCGGUCGCAGAUUAGUUGGUGUCCCGACAACUCGCGAAUCCUCCGACAGAAGCUCCAGUGCUGUGACCUUCGACCGAGCCGGGAAGAGGUUUUGAUUACCGCCUUGAGUCUACGCGCUGAUAUACCCCUGGACCCUGUGCAUCAACAGCUACCCACUGGCUUCGUAACACCCUCAAGAGAUUCCGUCCCGCAUGUUGAGAAGCUGUCGCGCGAGCAGCGAAUGCACAUACUCAUCGGAAACUCCAACCCACAUCACUCAAGAGCGCGGCUCGCGAGCAUCAACGCAGCUUUGCUGCGCAUUUGUAGUUCGUUGGCGCACGUGCCUGACUAUGAUUGCGGCUCGUCUCCAUUUGUGGAGCCGCAGACGCCUGGUGCGCCCGCAGUGGAUACGGCCAGCCGCCGUAUCAGUUAUAUGGACGUGGACCCUGGAGAUUACCUGGACGUAGCGCAACCGGCUAUUCCUGAACUCCCACCGGCUAUGACGACAUCCACAAUGCAUACACCCCAUACACACCCCACGCCAGUCAUGGAUCACGAGCAGCACACACAGUUGUACCAACAGGAGUACAUGGACCAAGUCAAGGCCACACCCAACCCACUGGAAUCACUGUAUCCCAACUACUUCGGUGCUGCUCCCCAGUUCGAAGAGUCGCAGUACUACGACCGCCCGUCGUUCGGUCAAAUGAUAUCGAAGCCGCUCCACAAGAUAGGCAGUCGGAUAAGCAGCUCGAGAGGAAGCUCUUCGAAUCAGAGACCAUCAUCGCAGAUGAGUCAAGCUUCGUCAGAGAUGCUUCCUGACUACAGUCUACUCGAUCUGCCACCGGAGCUCUUCGAGAGGGUUGUCGCCGCCCUUGCGCGUGCAGCGCCCUUCCAUGAGCUCAUUCGACUGCGCGCCGUGUCCCGGACAUUUGCCGGCGACAUCGACAACGAACUUCUUGCGAACACGUCUGUUGCGGACUUCCAUGAUCGGUACCAUCAACGCCAGCCGAUCCCUACUAGUCUUGAUAUCCGGAAUCCUCUACCUCCUCUGCAUCAGCUACAUGUUAUAUCGCAAUAUAAAAAGAUUGUUGUUACCGACUCGAUGGAUACGCUUCCAUCUGACAUUAAGGGCUACCUUUUGAGCAACAUCGAGACCUAUCUGGUCAAUCACAUCGAAGACGCAGAUAUCACAGCCUCCGGACUGCCGAAUUUUAUACACAAGGUCACGGAUAAGCUCAUGGAAUUUGCUACCGCAGGCACUGAUCGUUCUGUUCUGCGACAGGACUAUCUGAAGGCACUUAUACAUGGUUUAGUCCUUACAAACGAAGUCGCCCCACGGACUAUGGUUCGAGACGAAACCAUUGACGUUCCACUCCGUCUUUACAACAAUCUUCAGACCCGGAAUGUCAACGACAUGCUGGCAGCAGCAGCCACAGUAGGGAGUCUCGCAGCUGUCCGUCACUACAUUUCGCAAUCUGCUGAGGUUAUUGACUGGUUCCCCAAAUACUUUGCUGGCUUUGGUAACCCUGUAACAGCAGCAGCCUGCAGUGGAAAUGUCGAAAUUCUUGAGUAUCUGCUCAUAGAAGUCAACAAUGAGCUCACGGAGCGGCAUUUCGCUCGGAUACAGCACGGUCGUAUCACUCGUUGCGGCCCACUCACAGAGACCAUCACUUCCGCAAUAAGCUUCGCAGUUCGGACCGGAGAACUGAAGGCCGUUGUCACACUGUUUGACUUCCUGUCAAGAUGCCGCGUUGAAAUACCGGCGCAUAUGAAGUCCCGGUCACACUACCUUGCCGAUGCCAUGAGGUGGGGACAGAUGGACGUGUUCAUAUGGCUCAUGGACCAAUGGAAUCCUCUAAUCGCCGACCUGCCCUAUUGGAGCGCCCUGACUGCAGGCUUACGCCUUGCGGUCAAAUAUGGCCAUGCCAACAUCGUGCGAUACGUCUUCGACAAAGGGUUGAUGGAUCCACAUGAUACGGAUGUCAACAUCGUGCUCAUCGCUGCGACACAUGGUCAUCGCGCUAUCAUCCAACUGGCUCUCAACCAUGGCGUUCAGCUCACGAUACAGGACCUCAUCGCGGCGCUGAAUGGAUCACUCCCAUUGCUCAUCACUCAGUAUCUUUUGCUUCACAACGUUCCACUCACGUCUGUGACCAACGCGGAAGAUAGAAGGUCCAUCACUACUUCCGUCGUUCCUAUGGUCGAAGCGCUCUGUCGAGAAUCUAUCCACAUCCCUUUCGGCGAUUACAACGAGGUUCGGGGCAAGGAAAAGGUGCUGGCGCUCAUACUCUUGGCGAGCGAGAUGAGACGACAAAUUCCAGAGCUUACGUUGGACAACUGUGUUGAGCUCAAGAAGGUGUUCGAUAGGCUGGUCAGAGAGUGUCUGGACUUGCCAAGGGGGUCAGUUCCGUAUCUUGAGAUGGCUGAAGAGCUGCACAGCUGGAUGGAGUGGGGAGACGGACGAGAGUGGGCAGAUUGUGAAGUCUAG